UGAAAUGAGUCCCGAUUACGAUUGAGUUACAGUUGGAUUCCAAUUCUUAUUCAUAUCAUCAUUGCAAGUUGUACUAUUAAAAGCUUAUUGAUGUUAUCUGACGAGAAUCAUGAAUAGCUUUUCAUGGUAAAUGCAAGUCCUACUACUCCCUUCUUUUAUUAUGUGUUAUUAAAAUAAGUGCUUUUAUCUAGAUACUAUGCUUGUCAAACUGACCGGUAUAGUUUGUAACUUUUUUUCAAAAGUUAAAAAUCGUCUGAUCUCGAAACGAAAUUAUUUAUUAGCGUUUGUUAUUUUCAUGCUCUUGCAGUAUGAUGUUAAAUUAAUCAACCGUCUCAAAAAUUCACAGCCAAUUAUUGAUUAUUCAACAAAUCUAUGCUUUUUACCCACCUGGCGUGAUGACCUAAACAAUUCUGAUGUUUCUUGUUUUGGUAAUUGCUGCCUAACCAGUGCAUUUAACAUCGACUCAGAUCUCAAUUGUAUAUUUUCCUGCAAACCGUCUCUUUUCGACCACUACAGAUCGAGCAAUAUCUUUUUCAUUUUCUUACCCAUCAGAAUAUUUCCUCGAAAAGAUAAAAAAGUCAUCUCUUUUUCGUUGUACGGGUUGGAUAAGCGUUAUCUUCGUAAUGCAAUCAAAGUUAUCAGAGCUUACAAAAAGCUAUUACAAGACUGGAUUCCACGAUUCUAUGUUGGUUCAGAUGUUCCUCCUUUGAUGGUAAACCGUUUGAUUUAUGAAGGAGCAGAAGUUAUUAUGGUUUACCAAAAUCAACCCUCAAAUAGUGUUAAUGGACCCAAGCCACCUAGUUAUCACGGUAUGUUUUGGCGUUUCUUUGUAAGUCAAGAUAUCAAUGUUAAAAGAUAUUUGGUAAGAGAUGCUGAUUCAAUCCCAAUUCAACGGGAGAUCGAUGCAAUCAAUCAAUGGAUCGAUGAAAAGACAAUGUUCCAUGUCAUGAGAGAUAAUGCCGAACAUUCAACAGAGAUUCUUGGGGGAAUGUGGGGAGGAAUAGUCAAUUUAAAAUCUUUCAAUCUCUCCCAAACCUAUGAGGCAGCAAUUUCUGAUGGUUUCAAUGUAUUUGAUGGCAAAGGGGUUGAUCAAUAUUUUCUCCGGUCGUAUCUUUGGCCGAUUGUCCAAUCUAACAUGACAUGCCAUGUUUCAUAUCAUUGGUUUUUUAUAAGCGAUCGAGGAUGCAAAGAUUUUCCUACCAAAAGAACUGGCAAUGAAUUUGUCGGAGAUGCUAUUUUAUAUUAAUGACCGUUACAAACCUGACUUGCAGAAAUAAUUGAUUGUUAAACUUCAUGUUUAUUUCAUAUAUUUUUGACAAAUUUGUAUAAUUUCCUAUGCAAUUUUAGCACAUGAUCAAAAAUUUCGAAAUACUAGUCAGAACACUUACUUGUUAGUAUUUUUUUAUUUUUCAACUGUGAGAUAUAUUAAUAUUAAACUAUUUGUUAUCACUAGUUGUUACUUAAUUAGUAUAUUAUUUAAUCUGCACAAUAAAUAAUAUUUUUCUUAUUUUCUCAUUCAA